AUGUCACUGUGGGAAGACAAGGACAACCCCAUGGAGGUGUAUCUCUUGGGCACUAGCAUCCAGCCUAAUCACCUGGAAAUUAAGGGCAGGAUCAACAUUUCUAACUUUGAGAGAGUGCCUGAGGAGGAGUGGCAGAGCACCAGUGCGCCCAGGACACAGGAACAUAAUUGUGAAGGCCAUGGCACCCACCUGGCAGCCCUGAUCAAUGGCCAGAGUGUUGGCGUGGCCAAGGACAUCAACAUACACAGCCUGCGUGUGCUCAACUGCCAAGGGAAGGGCACGGUCAGCGGCAUCCUCAUGGGCUUGGAGUUUCUUUGGAAAAAGCUGGUCUCCAAUCCCUCUAAGCGCAUGGUAGUGCUGCUGCCCCUGGUGAGUGGGUACAGUCAGAGCAUCAACAAUGCCUGCAAGCGCCUGGCAAGGGCUGGAGCAGUGCUGGUGGCCGCUGCGGGCAACUUUCAGAGCAAUGCCUGUGCCUACUCUCCAGCAUCGUCUCCUGAGGUCAUCACUGUUGGAGCUGUGGAUUAUCAGAUCCAGCCACUCAUCCAGGGUACUCUCGGGACCAACUAUGGAUCCUGUGUGGACAUCUUUGCUCCUGGGAAGAACAUUGUCAGUGCCUCCAAAGACUGUAAUGUUUGCUAUGUAACGCAGAGUGGAACUUCGCAGGCGGCUGCCCAUGUGGCUGGCAUUGCAGCCCUGUUGCUCACUGCCCAGCCAAACCUCACUGUGGCUGAGCUGAGGCAGAGGCUGAUCCAUUACUCUAUCAGAAAUGCUAUCAAUAACACCUGGUUCCCCGAGGAGGAGCGAUUCAAGACCCCCAACCUGUUGGCUGCACUGCCCCCCCGCACCCAGGAAACAGGUGAACAGCUGUUCUGCAGGACUGUGUGGUCAGCACCCUGGAACAUCACACUGGCAGACCCUGCAGUGGCUGAGUGUGACCCGGAGGAGGAGCUGCUGGGCUGCUCCAGUUUCUCCCAGAGUGGGAUGCGGCAGGGCGAGCAUGUGAGGAUCCUAGGAAAGAGACGCGUUUGCCUGGCAUUUGGAGAUAGCCAGGUUUCUGCGGUGGCCAGAUGCUGCCUGCUCCCCCGAGCCAACUGCAGCAUCCACACAGCUGCUCCAGCCUUGGUGGGGCUGAAGACCUAUACCCACUGCCCGGAUCCUGACCAAGUCCUUACAGCCAACUGGCCUGUCCCUCGGCCCCUGCACCCUUGGCUUUCUUCCAAGAUGAGCAGGACAUGGACUCCACCAUCUCUGAAGGCAAAGCAGAAGAGGAAGGAUUCUGCAGACACAAGCCCCGAUGAGCCUGAGGAGGAAGAGGAAGACUUGUACUAUGGGCUGGCAGGCAUCCCCAAGGUGCCCCUCCCAGACAAGGAGCUGGUCUUCCAGCCUGACACUUGGGGAUGA